UCUAUUUACCGUUUCCCUCCCACAGCACUUGCUUCCUAAACUUCCCUUAUCUAAACAUCUUCUUCUCCACUAAACCCAAAACCUCAUGCAAUGGAAGGUACCCUCUUCCCCAACAGACCAGUUCAUCCAAUCCCCACCAAGAAACCUCCACCACCGCCACCAAACCCGUCUCUCAAAUUCAGCUCCGCCAAACUUCCACCACCGCCUCCUCCUUCCUCUUCUCACCUCUCCGUCCACUUCGAUUCCCUCCUCCAAAACCUUCUCAAUCUCUCUUCCUCGCCACCUAACAAUCCAAGAUUGGCCACUUCCCUUCAAAUUCGUAACCUUUCUGUCAAGAAACAGCUUCAACAUGUUCAAGAAAGAAAACCCAAUUCGUUUCUUGAAUUUGAGUUUGAAAAAAUGGAAGAACAGAAAGAUGGUGAUGAUGGUUUAAGUAAUGGGUCGGUUGAGUAUUUGUCAAGAAAGGGUAAGUUGGUUCUUGACUCAAUUCUUGAUCAGCCUUUGCAUAGUUUGAGUUCUUGGUUUGAUUCUUGCAAGUUUGAGUUGUUGCAAGUUGAUUUGAUUGGUCUUAUGAAGUCUUUAGAUUGCUCUGGUAAUUGGGAGAAGGCCCUUUUGUUGUUUGAAUGGUCUGUUUUUAAUUCUGCUAGUGUCAAUGAGAAUGGUGUAGAGUUAAUGGCUAGAAUUCUUGGUAGAGAGUCGCAGUAUUCGAUUGCGUCGAAGCUGUUCGAUGUAAUUCCACUUGAUGAGUAUAAACUAGAUGUUCGCGCUUAUACGACGAUUCUUCAUGCUUAUUCUCGUACCGGGAAGUACGAAAGAGCCAUUGCGAUAUUUGAGAGGAUGAAUGAGUCUGGUUUGUCACCAACUUUGGUUACUUACAAUGUAAUGCUUGAUGUUUACGGAAAAAUGGGCCGAUCUUGGGAUAAGAUUGUAGGGUUGUUAGAUGAUAUUAGAAGUAGAGGAUUUGAGUUUGACGAGUUUACUUGUAGUACUGUUAUAUCUGCUUGUGGGAGAGAUGGAUUGUUAAAUGAAGCUAAGGAAUUUAUUGCUGGAUUGAAGGCUCGGGGAUAUAAACCGGGGACUGUUACGUACAAUGCUUUACUUCAAGUAUUUGGGAAGGCGGGAAAUUACUCGGAGGCGUUAAGUGUGUUGAAAGAAAUGCAGGAAAAUGAUUGCACCCCGGAUGCUGUGACUUAUAACGAGGUUGUGGCAGCUUAUGUAAGGGCGGGAUUCCAUGAAGAAGGAGCUGCUGUUAUAGAUUCAAUGGCCCGUAAAGGAAUCAUGCCAAAUGCAGUUACGUAUACUACUGUAAUAAAUGCUUAUGGUAGAGCGGGAGAGAUGGACAAAGCGUUAAGGUUGUUUGAUCAGAUGAAGGAACUGGGUUGUGUUCCUAAUGUGUGUACUUAUAAUGCUAUCCUUAGCAUGCUUGGGAAGAAGUCACUAUCUGAGGAAAUGAUGAAGAUACUUGGUGAUAUGAAAUUUAAUGGAUGUGCUCCUAAUCGUAUUACCUGGAACACAAUGCUUGCAAUGUGCAGUAAUAAAGAUAUGCGCAAAUAUGUGAAACUAGUAUUUCGCGAAAUGAAAAAUUGCGGGUUUGAGCCUGAUAGAGACACAUUCAAUACUUUGAUUAGUGCAUAUGGACGGUGUGGUUCGAAUCUUGAUGCUGCAAAAAUGCUUGACGAGAUGAUAAAAGCAGGGUUUACUCCUUGUGUUGCCACGUAUAAUGCACUUUUGAAUGCUCUGGCUCGUCGAGGUGAUUGGAAAGCUGCAGAAUCAGUCAUCCAAGAUAUGAAGAAUAAGGGUUUCAAGCCCAGCGAGACCUCAUAUUCACUAAUGAUUCAUUCAUAUGCAAAGGGAGGAAAUAUCAAAGGGCUAGAGAGUAUCGAGAGAAGUAUUUACGAUGGUGAGAUCUUUCCAAGCUGGAUGCUUCUGAGAACCCUUGUUCUUGCAAAUUUCAAGCGUAGAUCACUAGCAGGCAUGGAAAGGGCAUUUCAGGCUUUGCAAAACCACGGAUAUAAACCUGAUUUAGUUAUAUUCAAUUCUAUGGUUUCAAUAUUUGCCAGGAAUAACAUGCAUGACCGAGCUCAAGAAACGCUGCAAUUGAUUCAUGAUAAUGGGUUAGAGCCAGAUGUUAUCACCCACAAUAGUUUAAUGGAUAUGUAUGCCAGGAGGGGAGACUGCUGGAAAGCGGAAGAGGUACUUAAAAUGCUAGAAAAAGCCGGUGGGAAACCAGACCUUGUUUCAUAUAACACAGUCAUCAAAGGGUUUUGUAGAAAAGGGCUCAUGCAGGAGGGUAUGAGGAUUCUAUCUGAGAUGACAUCGAUAGGGAUUGGACCGUGUAUUUUUACAUAUAAUACUUUUAUCACUGGCUAUGCAGCGCAAGGCAUGUUUUCGGAAAUAAAUGACGUGAUCAGCUACAUGAUUGAGCACAAAUGCAGACCAAAUGAGUUGACCUACAAGAUUGUGGUAGAUGGUUUUUGUAAAGCAAGAAGAUAUGAUGAAGCUAUGGAUUUUGUUUCAAAGAUUAAGAAUGUAGAUAGCUUCUUUGAUGAUCGGUCUGUGCAAAGACUUACUACUCGGGUGCGCAAUUAUCUGGAAUCAAUAUAGGUUGGAGAUGUGAAUUUUUGGGGGUAUUCCAACGAGAUGAUGUUCAUUAGUUUAGGAGCUUCAGGAAGAGACAAUUUUUAAAGAAAAAAAGAAGAAAUGUCUAUAACUUGCUUCCAACUUUUUAAGGUAAGAUUCCUUGUCGUAAAUACAUAGAAGCGAUUUAUUUUAGAAACAAAACUCUUAAGUUUAUUAAUUUCUUUUUGUAAAAUUUGUGUUAACUUCAUUUUGCAAGGUCUGUGAUACUAAUUUCAGUCCCGAACAUAUCAUUGAUGUCUUGUUAAGAAAAUUAUGGUACCUUGUGCAAUAUAUGCAUCACAUUUUGGAA